AUGGCGAGAUGCAAUCGUACUUCAAACAUGGAGUCCCUUACCGAAGAUUUGCUAUUCGACAUCCUCAUUUGUCUCACCUCUCGUGAUAUCCGUAACUCGGCAAGGCUCGUCUGCUGCAAAAUACGAGUGUCCCGGGCCCGCUACAGAUCAGGCCCACAUAUCUUGUCUAGUUCUCACGGCCUUGUUGUGGUGCUGAUACUGUUUGAUUUCGAUCCCUCUACUCUCCGCAUCUUGAAUCCUGGUACCAUCGGGUACCUCUACCUCCCUCCGCAUUUCGAGGGGUCCCCCGAUGUCAACCGUUUCGUGCACUUGGUCCCAUAUGAUGGGGGUUCGACUGUUUUGACCCUCCAUGCGGAAACCGAGGUUUUGACCGAGUCGCGGGUUCCCGUGCCUUUGGGUCAUUUGGGGGAGAACAAGUUUUUAGUGUCGGGAGGGAAGAAUUUGACGCUUGUGGUCGCGCUCAGGAGAUUGUCGUGGGACGUGUGGGAGAUGAUUCCGGAGACGUGGGUGUGGAGGAAGGCGUUUAGCGUCGGUUUGGAGAAGGAAAUGUGGAGAUUUGAAGAAGAGGUGUUUUUGUAUGAAGAUGAUCGGCUUAUUCCAGUCGGUUGGUUAAACUACCCGGAUGGGAUGGUGUUUGCUCCGAGUCGAGAUGGCGAGAUGCAAUCGUACUCCGAUUUGCUGGAGUCCCUUACCGAAGAUUUGCUAUUUGACAUCCUCAUUCGCCUCACCUCUCGUGAUAUAUGUAACUCGGCAAAGCUCGUCUGCCGCAAGUGGGACCAUUUGACCCGCUCUCGCGACUUCACAUGCUUGCACUUCCAUCGUGCAGCCAACGGGCUCCUCUUGCAGAAUACGAGCGUCGCUAAAGGUACAAUAAUGGAGAAGUACUAUCGAAAAGUAGCAAAUAUUGAGGAACCUUCAACUCUUUUGUCAUCUAAGAAGAAGAGUAAGCUCGAUAAUCAAAAUUCAAAGAGCACCGAUCUUGGCAAAAAUUCAAAGAGCACCGAACUUGACAAACUUCUGGAAAAUCUCCCCUCAGAUCCGGCACACCGGAAGCGUAUCUUAGAUUACGAUCCAAAUAUUCGCGAUCAAGUUCGCCAACAUUAUCUACUCAAGGGCCCUUGUCAACCUCGAAGUCAUAAGUUUCCUCAGCGAGAUAUCUACGGGACUAAGCGCAGGGAGUCAAAGAUCAUGUUGGCACUGUGGGUAGUGUUCAUCAUCGUGCUCUGUUAA